AUGACUCAAUUCCAAUUGGGUAAUUCAGAAUUAAGCGCGGUUACAGAUCAGUAUGCUAUUUUUUACUCUGCUUAA